AUGACAUCGCACAGCAAAGCAGGACAGGAGGAGGAGUCUGAGGUGGAGAUCCCAACGGACAGCGAAUCCGAUAAUGAUUCAGGCACGGAGAUGACUGAGGAUGAGGUAAAGAAAUGGCAAGCAAACACGUACGAGCGUGGCUCGAGAAAGCCCAUGAAGGAGCCCCUCACAGCACCUUUGGAUGUACCGAUCAGCGACGCAGAUGUGGAAAAGAUCAAAGUCGGAUCCAGAUCUCGAAGCAUGGACGACAAAUGGGACCUGUUAGUCGAAGAUCCCGACGAAAACGGCAACUUAUCUCUCCACAUCAUACGCAACUGGUUACAGAAUGAGUGCUACAUACUUCACAUUGUUCCGAAUCUAAGCACUGAUGAUGGCGGGACUACAAAGAUCCAAAGCAUCACCUGGGAAGGGAAUAAGGGGGGGUUGCAGUGCGAUGCCGAGCAGGCCAAGAAGGAAGCCGUGAUUCUGUGCAGAAUGCGUCUGAACUGCGAGUUUCAGGCGCUCCCGCAUUACGAUAUCUCAAAUUUAGAUAAUACCAGAGUUUAUAAGAAGCUGGAUGCGAAAUAG